CACAUGGGUGGCAGGGCUGCAUUAUGUGAGCAUUAGAGUCUCAUUGAAGUUGUCUGUUUCUGGAUCUGAAAGAAUAAGACAGGUCCAUUUCUCUUUCCUGUGUGGUUUUGGAGGUAAUCCAAUCUAAACAUGGCAGAUGAAGAAAAUGAGGAGGAAGUCGAGGUUGAAGUCCCGGCAGAGGAAGAUGCUGCUCCUGCAGAGGAAGAGCCAGAACCAGAGCCAGAGCCAGACGUAGAAGAGCCCACUGCAGUAGAAGAAACGCCUGCAGAAGAAGCCAGUGGAGAGACUCAAGAUUCCAAAGCCAAACCAAAAAGUUUUAUGCCAAAUGUUGCCCCUCCAAAGCUACCAGAGGGAGAUGGUAAAGUCGAUUUUGAUGACCUGCAUAGGAAGCGUCAAGAGAAGGACAUGGCUGAGCUGACCUCUCUGAUUGAGUCUCACUUUGUCCAGAGGAAGAAAGAUGAAGAUGAGCUCAUCAGUCUCGUUAACAGGAUCGAGAAGCGUCGUACCGAGAGGGCAGAGCAGCAGAGGAUUCGUGCUGAGCAAGAGAAAGAGAGGCAGGCCCGUCUGGCCGAAGAGAAAGAGAGGAGGGAGCAAGAUGAACAGCGUAGGAAGCACGAUGAUGACGCUAAGAAGAAGAAGGCCCUCACUACCAUGACUCACACGUACGGUGGCAUCCAACAGAAGCAAGAGGGCAAGAAGGGAGCCAAGAAGCAGACUGAGAGAGAAAAGAAGAAGAAGAUUCUGGCUGACAGAAGGAAGGCUCUGAUCAUCGACCAUCUCAACGAGGACAAACUCAAGGAGAAGGCCAAUGAGCUGUGGCAGUGGAUGAUGGAGCUGGAGGCGGAGAAGUUCGACCUCAGCGAGAAACUGAAGAAGCAGAAAUAUGACAUGAAUGUUCUCCAGACCCGAAUCAAUGAGCAGCAGAAGUUUGCCAAAGGCAGAGGCAAGGCCAAGGCGGUCAGGAGGUAAUGAGACCUGGCAGGAUGAAGUCUUCUGGACUGAAACGCCAGACGAUGACGGAGGAUUGUUUUGUUGUUCUUCUUAUCAGUGUACAUGCAAAUUACUAUGGAAAUGUACUGUUAUCACCGGUCACUGUUUGCAUGAAGCCAGAAACAAUAAAGAGAUGUUUGCUUUUGA